AUGGGAGCAUUCAGGAUUAUAUUUCUUAUAAUUUUAAUAUGUAAAAGUAUUGCUGUGUGUAAAACAAAGACUAGAAAGCUUUUACAAACUAUUCCACAAGAUUAUUGUGAGACAUAUUGUAACGGCGUCUGCGACGAUUCAACCAAUCAAAAAACUUGCGACAACGAGGAUCUUAAUUUUGUUAUCACUAAUGAAUACACAUUAAUUUUGAGAGACGGCUAUUUAGAAAUUAAGUGGAGUAUUCCUAGUCCACAAAUCUUUAAUCUUACACCAAUCAACAAAAUAAGCAAUGUGAAGCUAAAAGAGUUAAUAGUAUCAGACACUUAUCGUAAAGUUCGAGGAGUUGACUACCUUCGACAACUUGGCGUGGAAACAGUGACUCGUUUCGAAAAACAACUGAACACAUUUGAAGCUAUAGAAAGAAAUGUUCACCACAUUGAUGGACCAAGAUCCCUUAUUUUGAAUUUUGAAAAUAUGCCUUCUUUUUCAGAAAUAACCGAUUAUGUAAAAGGAUCAAUGAAUAAUAUAAAUGAAAUUAAAAUUAACAGGAGAAGCGAAUCUGGGAAUAAAACUGUUAUGAUUGACGAAAAUAUUUUUGAAGGAAAGCCUAAUAUAACAUCACUAACCUUUACGGGACUCAAAAUUGAAAACCUUACACCUAAAACCUUUUCUCACUUGAGUAACUUAAAGCAGUUUGUGCUCUCCAAGUGUACAAUAAAAAAAUUGUCAUUUAUAAACACUCUCGAAAAAAGUCUUGAGCAUUUGGUACUGGAUAUUAACAACGAGGUGGAUAUGAAAUCUUUCAAGAAUUUUUCUAUGCUUAAAUUAAUUAAAGUACAGAAUUAUAUUCCGUAUGAGAAAUUGACUGCUUUAACAUGCAACCAAAGUUGGUGUAAUUUUAUUCGUGGAACAAAUGGCAUAGUGUGUCCUGGUGUAUGUGAUUGCCGAUACAUUUACGAUGAAUUGGAGCUGAAAAUCAACUGCAGCAACAGAGGUCUUUCUUUAAUUCCCCCUCUUCCCACUCCCAUCAUCGGAGUUGUAAAUCUAAUAUUCCACAACAACAGCUUAUCCCGAUUGCCAAACAACACUUUACCUGGAUAUAUCACGUUAAAAAAACUUGACGUGUCCAGAAACACGUUAACAAGCUUGAGCAUAAUUCGUCUUCCAACAAAAUUAGAUUAUCUCGAUAUUAGUUUUAACAAAAUUGUUGAAAUGAACACAGAUAUAAUCGAGUAUAUAAAACACGUCACAAUUUUUAAACAGACAGGCAAUGAAUGGAUUGCAUAUUGUGAUGACGAGCCUUUACUUCAUUUAUUUAAAAUUCUUAAAAUGAUAAUUCGGAUGAGAAAAGUUGAAGUUCGACCAAUAUUUGUAAAGCUGUCAUCGUCACAUAAAGGGUUUAUGAAGUUUUUGGGUCAACACUUUCUAAGCCUUGGCGUUAAAAAGCAAUCAUACUUUUUGAUUUAUGAAGAUCAAGUUGUGACAAGUAUGCUGCAAAAACUGAACAAAUUAAAUAAAAUAAUGAGCAUCUUUAAGUAUAUGGAAUGGUUUCAUAAAAAUUUAGCUGUUGUUAACAACGAGUAUGAGCUAUUUUAUUAUCAUAAAAUGGCAGUGGCCUGUCCCUAUAAAUGUGAAUGCUGUCAUAGGCGAGCUACCCAAACUUUAAAAAUCGAUUGCAGUAACAAAUUUGUUUACAACUUUCCAGAUGUCAUCCUCAAAAAUCGUUCGUUUACACAAAAGGACACUAUGUCCAACCAACUUGAACUGCAUUUAUCGAACAAUAAUAUAUCCAAAAUAACCAUUGACAUGCUGCCGGAGAUCCUUAGGUAUCUGGAUCUACGUAACAAUAGUUUGGAAACCCUUGAUGAUAAGGUGACUCGUUACCUAAAAGAAUUUAAAAACCUUUCUGAAGUUAAGUUGUCCGGGAAUCCCUGGAAUUGCGACUGUAAAUCGAGAUCGAUCCUUUCAUUUCUGAGAGAUAACGAAGCGUUGGAAUAUAACCUUACCUUGGGCCGAUGCAAUAUAUCUCGAGCGGAUUGUCCCGAUGCUUGCGUUUGCUGCUUGGACAGCUCAACAUCGUCGUCCGUCAUAAUCGAUUGCAACGGCGAAGGACUUCGAAGGAUCCCUGAGCUGUCCAUGAAGGUUACCUAUGUGGAUUUAAGCAACAACAAUAUCACCGCAUUUACUGAGAAGGACCGUAGUUUUUUUGCGAAAAGAUCACUGCACUCGCCGCUAAAGCUGGUCUUGCUUAACAAUCCGUGGUCCUGCACUUGCAAGGAUAUAGAAAAUAUCAAUUUCAUGAAAAGUAUUUCGUCAUCUAUUGUAGAUUUUACUGAGAUAAGCUGCUCCACUGGGCUUAAGGUCGUCUCGAUAGAUCAAGAUGUGAUAUGUCCUUCUGGUUUCGCUUAUUAUUUGGCUCUCGCAAUCUCCCUCGCAGCCGUGGUCGUUGCCAUUAACUUCAUGAUAUGCUUCAGACAGCCGCUCCUGGUCUGGUUCUACGAGCACGACGUCUGUCUGAGUCUGGCCGCCAGACGGGAACUCGACCAGGAAAAGAAGUUUGACGCCUUCCUGGCCUUCACCCACAAGGACGAGGCGCUGGUGGAGGAGUUCGUGGAGAAACUGGAACUUGGAAAACCCCGGUUCCGACUUUGCUUUUACCUGCGGGACUGGCUGGUGGGCGAAUCCAUUCCGGACUGCAUCGGCAGGUCUGUCCGGGACUCGCGGCGCAUCAUCAUCCUGAUGACGGACAACUUCAUCAGGUCCACCUGGGGCCGACUCGAGUUCCGCCUCGCCCUGCACGCCACAUCCCAGGACAGGUGCAAGCGCCUGAUCGUCGUCCUUUAUCCGGAUGUGAGGAACUUCGACAGCCUCGACAGCGAGCUGAGGGCCUACAUGGUGUUCAACACCUAUCUGGAGAGGAGCCAUCCAAACUUCUGGAACAAGCUGAUUUACUCAAUGCCUCAUGCAAAGCUCCGGCAGGGACACCCGAUUUAA